AAACACGGCUAGUGCCAAAGACUUGGUGAAGUGCUUCAGAUCUCACUUCAAAGACCUGGACCCGGCCGCUUUCAGAAAGGAUGUGGAGGAUGUUAUAGCACAGUAUGAGGGCUUGCUGGCAGACAUCAUGGAUGAGACAGUUCGGUUGGUCAGAUCUUAUGACGUCAGCGGCAAGGAUGCUCGCGCGGUGGCAAGGGACAUAUCUGCUUGCUUCAAGCAUUUGAGGAGCAAGCUGCAGUCCAGCAGUUCCGGGAAGAAGCUCACGCCCAGUGUGUGGAGGCUUGUGUCAAAGCUCAAGCAGCUUACAGGGCAAGGCACUCCACAGAAAGCCAUGGAGCCCAUGAAAGAACGCGAGCCCGUCGAGACACCUGGUGCAGCACAGGCUCUUCCUGCAGGUGACGCCGCAGCCUUCAAGCCAAGCAGAAGAUACCGAUUCAAAAGGAAGGCUACAGCUUCGUGCGAUGUUUUCAGCAUGUAUGGUCUUCCAGCCACUGCCAUUAAUGCAGCAGUUGACGAUGAGGCAGCUGCAGAGGCCUCUGACGUGGGAGAGGCAGACCAGGUGGACUCAGAUUCAGAUGUUUUGGUUGUGAAAGACUUGGAGGAAGAGGAUCUCAUGGCUGCCGCCCUCGGAAAGGCCAAGAAAAAGGCGAAGCGAGCCUCAGAGCCUGCUGGAAAGGAGGCAGAGGCUGCUGUGGGAUCCAGCGAGUCCGGCGAGAGCAACCAGGAGUUGCUAGCAGCCGCGCCUCUGGAGUUGGAGUCUUGGAACGGGUACCCUCUAGCUGGCAUGCCGCAGGAGGCGUUGCCGCCUGCCGGACGCGCAGGCCUGCACUCCUACACCGUGAAGGCUGUGAUUAAGGGCACUA